AUGGACAACAACUCACCAGCCUCCUCGAUCUCCAGAGAGGCCGUCGCAUUCCCUGAUGCUCGAGCAACCUCUGUUCCUCCGCGACCCAGUGCAAUUCAGCCUUUUCAGACCGAGUCCGCGCGAAACCCUAAUCCGGGCCCGGAUGGGAGCCUAUUGAUCUCGGACAGUCUUGAUCAGUCUAUCCAGACUGCUCGAACUGCAAUCGGCAAUGAACAAGAUCCACGCAGGCGUGUACAGCUCUUAUGCCAACUGGGCUCCCAGUUCGAAGCUCGGUUCCGCACCACAAACGCUUCGGAAGAUCUCAACGGUGGAAUCGCCGCAUUCGAAGGCGCGCUCGAACUGAUCAUGAUGGCCCACGCCGAACGCGUCCCACCAACAAUCCAAGCGAACGCCUUCUGCUGCUGUGGUGCCCUCCUGCGAAUGCGCUAUCGAAGGACCGGGGAUAUCGCUGAUAUCGACCGGUCUGUCGAGAUGCACGCUCGUGCUGUUGAUCUCACGCCCGAGAGUCAAGAUACCCUUCCUAUAUUCCUGAAUGAUCUUGCGAACUCGCUUCAUUCACGGUAUCGUCGUACCGGGAGAAUCGGGGACCUUGAAAGGGCCAUCUCGUUGCACCGCCGUGCUGCGACUCUUAUCGACUCUGGUCAACCGGGCCACGCACUCUCGUUGCAUAAUACUGGUAAUGUGUUGCUGAGCCUGUUCAGGCGUACGGGGGAUACUAGACACCUGGACGAAGCCAUUUCGGUACUACGACGUGCUGUCGAAAGCGUUCCGGAUCCAGAUGAUCCUCCCACCAUGGUCUCCAUGCUUGCGGCCCUCGGCGAAUCCCUGCGUUCGCGCUACGAACAUACGCACGAUCUCGAGUCACUCAAGCAAUCCAUCAUUGCACUGCGUCGCGCCGUCAAGCUUGUCCCGGAAAGGCAUCCCAUGAUGGCUAGCUGCCUCGAUGAGCUGGGCGUCUCUCUCUGCGUUCAUUACGAGCAUACGGCCGAGCUCGACUAUCUCGAGCAGUCCAUCCUAUAUCAUCGUCGUGCGGUCGAUCUUACGCCAGAUAGCAGUCCCAAUAAAUCGUGGACGCUCAACAACCUCGGCAACGCGCUGUAUCUUCUUUCUCAACGCGACCCGGGAUCGGUCGGACAUAUAGACCAAGCAAUAUCCGUGCAGUGUCGAGCGCUCGAGCUCGUCCCGGACAAACACGCCCAUUUCGCAGUGAUAUCGAAUAAUCUUGGGAGAUCGUACUCUGCGCGUUUUCAGCACACUGGUGCGGCCGAGGACAUUGAACGUGCGAUUGAACACUACCGCCGGGCGAUUGAACACACGCGCGACGGUCAUCCGUCGAAGGCGCUGCGGAUCAAUAACUACGGUACCGCGCUGCACAUGCGCUAUAAGCGCUCGGGGCGCUUGGAGGAUCUGGAAGGAGCGAUCCAAGCUUUUGAAUAUACCGUCGCGCUCACGCCUGCUGGGCAUCCCGAUAUGCCUGGGUGUCUCGCCAAUCUCAGUUCUUCGCUGGGUUCGCAGUAUGAUCGUACUGGGGCUGUUGAAAGCCUUCACAGAGCAGUCUUCGUCGUUCGGAAGGUGGUAGAUGCCACACCUGAUGAUCACCCUAUGAAGUCUACGCUAUUGACCACGCUCGGCGUCUCGUUGACUCAACUCGGUAGCCGCACCGAAAGCCUCGCCAGCCUCGACGAGGCCGUCUCUAUACUUCGAAGUGCAGCUGAGCUGGCCCCGACCGGCAGCUACGAGAAGUCCAAAUGUCUCUCCACUCUAGGCACAUCGCUCUUCGCCCGCUUCCGUCUCUCAGAAGAUCUGAGAGACAUCGACCAAACAAUCGCAGCGAGCUGUACAGCUCUGGACCUCGUACCCUCCGACCAUCCCGAUAAACUCUCAUGCUUGAGCAAUGCCAGUAACGCGCUCAUGGGCCGCUACCAGCUCACGGGCGAUCUAGCGGACAUCGAUCUCGCCAUCACGUUUGCGCGCCGUGGAAUCGACAUGAUGCCUGCGAACCAGGCCGAUACUGCUCGGUGGUUCAUGAACCUCGGAAGCGCACUGCUGUUGCGCUUUCAGAGGACGAAAGAGCAUGACGAUAUCGAGGGCUCUAUAUCCAUUCUCCGUCAGGCGAUUGAUAUGACGCCCGACGGGAACGAAGACAAGGCCGGUCGGUAUGUCAAUCUUGCUAUCGCGCUCGCCGAGCGUUUUGGUUCGGGACAUGAUAUGGAGGAUAUUCGAGCCGCUAUAAGAGCUCAGACUCGUGCGCUUUCGUGCGUCUCUGACAAGCAUCUGAUCACACCGACUGUACUGCGAGGUCUCGGCGACCUUCAUCGCGAGCGAUUCCUGAGUACACAGGACAUCAAUGAUAUAGAGACUGCUAUCUCCUACGGGCAGCGCGCCGUGGCGUGGUUCUCGGAUGAGAGCAAAGUGCCUGCGAUCUACUACGAUAACCUCGGUGCUUCACUCUCGCUCCGAUAUCGGCACACAGAGCGAUUGGAGGACCUCGAAGCCGCGAUCGCGUUGUCGAGGAGAGCCAUUGAGCUCACGGCGGACGGCGACGUGUCUUUAGCAGCCAAGCUCAGGAAUAAUGGCCUGGACCAUCAGAAGUUGUUCGAACGUACUGGAGCUCAAGAGGCAUUCGGAGCCGCGAUACGGUCCUUUACACAAUCGCUGAUGCAGUUGUCUGGAGACCCCUUCGUCCGUCUUGACUCGGCCAAGCAUUGUAUCGUGCUGCUCGCUUUGCGACCAGAGGCGUAUCCUCUUGACUCUCUUCUGAAUGUACUCUCGCGGAUGGUGGCGAUCCUCCCCGAGAUCGCUUGGCAUGGAUAUGACGUCCAUCGACGCCUCGAUGAGUCUUCCCGCCUGGGCUCCCUUGUCACGAUGGCUGUCUUCAUAGCCGUUGCGAAUCGAGCAAAGCUGCAGGCCGUCGAGUGGCUCGAAGCUGGGAGAUCGCUGAUAUGGAAGCAGAUCCUGUCGCUGCGUACUCCGCUUGGCGAUCUACAACGGGCUCAUCCGGAUCUGGCGGAGUCUCUGCGGGGUAUCCAAAGCAGACUAUCGCUGUCGACUCAUCGUAGCGUCUUUUCUCCCGAAGUUCAUGCUUUUGGCGGUAUUCCAGGCCUAACGGUGAACACUGCGGCGGAUAGUCACCGUAGCCUCGCCGUUGAGUACGACAAAGUGCUGAAAGAGAUCCGCGCGCUACCCGGGUUCAGCAACUUCUUGCUCCCGGAAAACAUCCACACGCUUCUGCCAAAGCUUCACAUGAUGGAUGGACCCGUCGUCUUCAUCAACACGCAUCCUGCUCGCUGUGAUGCUAUCACCGUCUGCCCCGAUGGCACAGUGACGACGAUUCCCUUGCCUGGGUUGACGAAGGCGCGUGUGGUGCAGAUGCAAGCACUCCUGGGGACAUGCCUUAGCGAGGGCAGGAAUAGUAUGCGCGGAUUCCCGCUGCAGGACUCACUCAGUGGAGAUAACACUGUAUUGGAGAUGCUGAACCAUAGAGAUGAUGUUCGCGCAUCUCAGCAGCACGGUGUCUGGGCUAAUCGCGGCGAAGAGGACCUCGCUCGCGUCCUGGAGUACUUGUGGGUGUGGAUCGUCGACCCUAUUUUGCAAGCCCUUGACAUCAAGAUUCAGGUACACGGCACUCAUCUGCCACAUAUCAGCUGGUGCCCCACAGGGCCCUUAGCGCAGAUGCCUCUUCAUGCGGCAGGGGUAUACAGCGAUCCCUCCGGUCCGCGAGCAUUCGACUACGUCGUGCCAUCGUACACGACUUCCCUGUCCGCCACACUCCGCGGCUUUCAAGGCGUAGCCGAGGGACGUCCUGCACCGUCUGUCCUUGUGGUGACUCAACCGGCGACACCAGGAUUGAGCAGACUGCCAGAAACACAGGCCGAGGCGCUCUGCAUCCAAGGUAUUCUGGAAGGUGUAGACAUUCGACACGCGGAAUACACGCAUGACCAAGCCACUGUGCAAGCCGUCCGCGACGUGCUGAACCAACAUCCAUGGGUCCAUCUCGCAUGCCACGGAUCGCAGAACGAAACCGACGCCACUCAAAGCGCCUUCGCUCUAUACGACGGCCCAUUGACGCUCUCGGAUCUGAUGGGCACCGUGGCCCAGAACGCUGAGCUUGCGUUCCUAUCCGCAUGCCAGACGGCUGUAGGCGACGAGAGGGUACCCGAGGAAUCAGCGCAUCUCGCGGCGGGCAUGUUGGCGGUCGGGUACAAGGGCGUGGUGGCGACGAUGUGGUCCAUCCAAGACGCUGAUGCGCCGGUCGUCGUCGAGGCGUUUUAUAAGGAGUUGUUCGCCUUCCGCGCGGCAGGGGAGAAUAGGGUGAAAGGCACUGGGGCGGCGUACGCUCUUCACGAGGCGACGAAGGUCCUGAGGGAGACGGUGGGCGAGCAGAGCUUCAUGCGAUGGGUCCCGUUCGUGCACUUCGGCGCGUAA